AUGGGGAGAGAUAAAAGGUUUGCAGUUAUACGUUAUGAAUUCUUGUCCUAUAUUAGUCCAGCAGCCUGUGACACUGUUCUGUUUCAUUCUCAGGGUUGUAGUAAGAACAGCCCAGGGCUGCAUGUCGUAAUGGGAAAUGAGGCUUGUGAUAUGGACUCCAUGGUAUCAGCCCUGACCUUCGCCUACUUUCGUUCAAAGAGUCUUGAUUGUAAGAGGAUGCCGGUCCCUGUGCUCAACGUCCCACGGGCUGAGUUCCCCUUGCGCUCUGACAGCACCUUUCUGCUGAGAGAGACCGGUCUGUCGCAGGACUGCCUGCUGUUCAGAGACGAGGUGGACCUCCACGGCCUGCACAAGAACAAACAGCUGACACUGACCCUGGUCGACCACAAUGUUCUGCCCAGGGCUGACAGUGAGCUGGAGGAUGCAGUUGUGGAAGUAAUUGACCAUCACCUCCUACAGAGGCCCACAUCCCCCUCCUGUCCCGUCACUGUGGAGCCUGUGGGCUCCUGUGCCACCUUGGUGACUGAGCGCAUUGCCCAAAAAGCACCUGAUGUGCUCGACCAACAAGUGGCUCAGCUUUUAUACGGUACCAUUUUACUAGACUGUGUUAACAUGGCACCUGAAGCAGGUAAAGUCACCCCUAAGGACAGCCAGUAUGCCGUCUUUUUGGAGAAACGUUUUCCAAAACUGCCUAAGAGGGGCGCUCUCUUUCAGUCGCUACAGAAUGCCAAGUUUGACGUGUCAGGCCUCUCUACAGAACAGAUGCUGUUGAAAGACAUGAAAGCAGCAUCUGGUGGAGAUCUAAAAUUGGCUGUCAGUGUCAUUUACAUGACACUAGAGGCUUUUCUUCAGAGGCGUGGACUACAGCAGGCCCUCUGCGAGUUCUGCCACAAUCACAACUACAACCUGGUGGUUGCCAUGACCAUCUCUUUCAUUGAUAACAAGCAGCCCCUCCGACAGCUAGCCGUCUACAGCUCCAGCACUGUCUACAGGGAAGAGAUGAGUAAAGCACUAGAAAAAGCCAAAAACCCCAGUCUGGACCUUAAGCCAAUGAGCAGUCCAUAUCCAGAUGUGAAGGCCUUUAUACAGGGUAACACAUUAGCAUCCCGCAAGAAGGUAAUGCCCAUAAUCGCAGACUUCCUGAAGGAGAGGGAAAGAAAAGUGUAUCAAAGUGGGAACAUAGAGGACCUAGAUCUGGACGAUGAUUUCAAUCAGGACCAGAGUGACUCACAACAAUGUCCCGAGGACGCUGGGAUAGAGGACGAUGGCCAGGUUCCUCCAACGCCAAUGAACAGUCUUGUGGAGGGUUGUCCCUUGGACAAUGGCCUACCAAAAAUCAGUCCUGAGGUUUUGGUGGAGAAAGUUACCAAGAUGGCCAGCAUGGAGGACACAUCAUCUGAGGGACAGUGAUGAGAAUCUGUUGUCCAAGAGAGUCUUGAAUAAGAGCUGGAGAAGGAAAGUCCUUCUGCGUCUUCAAGAGGAUGAAGUUCAUAUCCAACAGUGCUGCAUCAGGGCUUGAGAAGGAAAUGGCACUUUAUUGAUCUGGUUAACUCACAAAAGGUACGAUACAGUCUGAAGAGACCAUUCAUUCGAAUGGAGCAUUACAAAAAUACAUUAUAUAUAAAAUAUUUAAAGUUUGACUAUCGUAAAUAA